AUUUGAAGUACUAGCAAAUUUUGAAAUAUUAUUCUUUUGAAAUGUAAAUUAUAGAUAAAGAAUUUCAGAUUAUAACAAUCAUGGCUGCCGCGGGCAUGUUUUCAAGUAGCACAGCCUUUUGUGCCAGAUGUGGUUCAAUUUUGCCGCUCCUACAGAAAUUUGGCUCUGUAAAGUGCUUUGUUUGCAAAAACGUGUAUGAUUCUUCAAAUUAUAAUAAUUUAGAAUUUGAAUACACUAUAAAUUUUAAUACAGUGUCUCUGACCAAUAAUGAGAACAUUAUAAAUAUGGAUAACCCAGAAGGGCCUGUUGUUGAAAGGAAAUGUCCCAAGUGUGGAAAUGAGAGAAUGUCAUAUGCAACACUGCAGUUACGGUCAGCUGAUGAAGGGCAGACAGUGUUUUACACAUGCACAUCUUGCAAAUAUAAAGAAACUGAAAACUCAUAGGCUGGAACACAAAAUGUUGGUUAAUAUAUUUUAAAAUAAUGGUGUCAAUUCUGGCGUGUUUCUCUAAACUUAAAACUAAAUUUAACAUCAGUCUCUCCUUUUCAUUCCGUAUAGAGAAUGACAGGGAUGCACUGUUGCCAAAUUUAAGUUUAGCUUUAGAGAAUCAUGCCAGAAUCGACAUCAAUGUCAAUCUAAAUAAGUAUAAUAAUAAGAAUUCAUUUUAAAUAUAAUGCUGCCCUAAUAAUUUAUCUUUGUAAAAACUUUCCUUUUAUUGGGCACUACUUUUGAGUUUAUCUGGAACCAUGAUUAUACUUAGGCCUCUAGCAUAAGCACCAUGAGAUGAUAUUAUACAUCUGAAUGCUCUGCAGAGAAUUUAAAG